AUGUCUGCUCAUAAGACAGCCUUGAAAACCACUGAGGAAGUGGCUCUUCAGAUCGUCUUGCUGUGCCAGGUUGGGGCUGGGACUGUGGCCAACAUCUUUCUGCUUGUCCGUAAUUUCUCUCCAGUCUUGACUGGCAUUCGGCUGAAGCCCACAGAGGCGAUUCUCAGUCACAUGGCUGUGGCCAACACCUUGAUUCUUCUCGUCGCUGGGUUUCCAAACGAUGUGAUGGUUUUUGCUCCGAGGAGUCCUCUGACCGACCUCAAGUGUAAACUCGAACACUUCAUUCGCCUGGUGUCUCGAAGCAUAAACUUGUGCUCCACCUGUGUCCUGAGUACCUAUCAGUGUGUCACCCUUCUUCCUGGUAACUGGGGUUGGGUCAUGCUUAGAGGAAGGGUCCCAAAUUUGGUGAGUUAUUCUUGUUACAGUUGUUGGUUGCUCGGCAUCUUAAAUAAUGUCUACAUUCCAAUGAAAGUCACUGGCCCACAGAACACAAGCAAUGACACUAUUUCUAAAAGCAAGUUGCUCUGUUCCACAUCUGGUUUCAGUGUAGGCAUUGUCUUCUUGCGUUUUGCCCAUGAUGCUACAUUCAUCAGCAUCAUGGCCUGGACCAGUGUCUCCAUGGUGAUUCUCCUCCAUAGACAUCGCCAGCGAACACAGCACAUCCUCACUCCCAAUCAGAACCACAGAGGCCAUGCUGAGACCAGAGCAGCCCACACCAUCUUGAUGGUGGUGGUCACAUUUGUUGCCCUGUACCUCCUAAAUUUUAUUUCUAUCGUCUGUCAGACAUUUUUAAUGGACUCUCGUCUUUGGUUGAGGCACAUAGGUGAAGUUUUGGCUGUUAGCUACCCCACUAUUUCUCCCUUCCUGUUGAUCUUGAGAGAUCCUAAGGAUCCUUGUUCUGUGCUCUUCAACCAUUGA